GUUCACCAAAGUGACAGUAGCGAGUGCUGUGCUCCCCCUGGGACGGUGGCAGAAGGUGCUGUACUGGAUGGGGCUGCCUCUGGGCUGGCGCUUUCCUUCCCUGCAGCUAACUUGGACUGUCUUUGCAAAUCCCAUUUAAUAAAGCAGCGGCGCUGGAGGCCCCGUCCUUCACACACCUCCCAGAACGCUCUCGGGAAGUGGGAGAUGCCCCGGCAGAGGCAGCGCUGGUGGCAGGACCAGCGCCGUCUGACGGAUCCCGGACCCCGGGGUGGGGACCUGCCAAGGGGACCAGCAGGAACAGAGCCGAAUGGGAGCACGUGUGGGCAGCCCUGCCUUCUCCCACCCGGCGUCGCGGGCAGGCACCGGCAGCGUCCUGCGCGCUGGGGCUCAGGGAGGAUGGUUUGUCCCUGGGCACUGCUGGGCAACAGUGGUGGAGGGGUCGGUUACAGCCCUCAGCAAGGCGGUGGGGAUUCCUGUCAAGAGCUGCGGUGAAGAAUCUGCCUCCGUGCAGCCAAGGUUUCCCCUUCCUUCCUCCCGGUCCCCGUGCUGUCCUCCCUGCGGCGUGCAGCCGACUCUGGAUCCUGCUCCUGCCUUGGUUGUGGGUGGAGAAAGGCAGCUGGAGUGGCUCUUUAGAAAACAGAAUUACAGUAAAACGUGGGAGGUUCCUACAAGUCACCUGGAGCUGCUUCCUCCCAUUCUCAGACCUGGGCUGCCUGGGAGGAACUUUAAAUUGCUGCCCGGCUCAGCCCUGGCCACUGGCUCCGGCAGCAUGACGGCGAGAGGCAUCUUCCUGCUGGGGCUCCUCACCCUGUGGGCAGAGCUGCAGGCAGCACCCACCGCAGGGCUCCCCGGAGCAGGUCCUGCCAGGCGGCUGCAGCCAGGGCAGCCCAGAAUCACUCUGCCGGGGAAGAGCCCUUUGCCUGGGGAAGAGCCCAGCACGGUGCCUUGUCCGCAGCCCUGCAGAGUUGUCCCGGCUGGGAAGUGGGAGUCGGGUGCGGAGCGGGUGGGUAAGGACCAGCGCCUGCCUGGGUCUGAGCCGGUGGCUGCUGCAACACCCACGUCGGGGAAGAAGCCGGUGUCCGGGGAGGAGCCCAUGGCAGGGAACAAGCCCACGCUGGCUGGGAAGCCGGACACUGAGAAGAAACCCAGUUCAGGGAAAAAACCGGCAUGUGGGGGGAAGAAUGAGACUAGGGAAAAGCCAGCGGUUUUAGCAAAGCCGGAGACCGGAGUGAAGCCAGAGACUGGAGCGAAGCCAGACACCAGGGGAAAGCCAGAGACUGGUGGGAAGCCAGAGGCUGGGGAGAAACCUGUGCUGGGGGAGAAGCCAGAGACCGGGGGGAAGCCAGAGAGUGGGGGGAAGCCGGAGAGUGAGGGGAAGCCUGAGGCAGGAGAGAAGCCUGAGUCUGACCAGGGCGACAGUGGGGAGGAUGGUGACAGUGAUGAUGAUGAUGAUGAUGAUGAAGACGACGACGACGAUGAUGAUGAUGAUAAAAAUGAGCAUGGCGAUGGUGAUGACAAUGGUGACGAUGAUAGUGACGAUGACGGCAACGACGAUGGCGACGACAAUGGCAAUGACAGGGGUGAUGAUGAUGACGAUAACGACGAUGACUACGACGACUACGGAGAUGACGAUGAUGGUGAUGAUGAUGACGACAUUGAUGAUGAUGACGCUUGGUGA